AAAUUCAAUGGAGCUACGGUCAUGUCAAUGUUUCUCAAUUUGUCCUGCCCCGUACACUGUUAUGUUUGAUUUUAAAGGGCUCAUAUAUCAGCUGUAUAACAGCAAGGAUGCUGGUUUUUAUCCAGAUCAGCUUUGCAGCUUGGAGUUUGGUGUAAGAAGGGUUUCCUCGGGGGGGAAAGGGAGCAUCAUGAAGGAAGCUGGACUAAUUGGGGUGUUGCUUUUACACCAGGGUAGUCCCUUGUUAGGAUGCUACCCUCAUGUUAAUCUUGUGAAAGAGGAAGAAAAGUGCAUGAAUCUGUUCAGGGAACAAAAAGCAAAAGUAAACAGCAGUGUGCAUUGUAAGGGAAUGUGGGACGACUUGCACUGCUGGCCACCCGCCUCCUUGGGGGAAAUAAUCUCUCAACCGUGCCCGGAUUUCUUUAAUUCAGAAGGUAUAGUGCAUCGCAACUGCACCACCAAUGGAUGGACGGACCUUCUCAUCCCGUAUGAGGAUGCGUGUGGCUACACUUUCAAUGAGUCACUCCACUUCCUAGGAGAGCCCUCAGAUUCCCAUCUGUAUUACUCGUACGUGAAGACCAUGUACACCAUUGGAUACACACUCUCUCUUAUUACUCUCACCAUAGCUAUCACCAUCUUCUGCCUGUUUAGGAAGCUGCACUGCACCAGGAACUACAUUCACAUCCAGUUGUUCAUCUCCUUCAUCCUGAGAGCCGUCUUCAUCUUUAUCAGGGACAGUCUCCUUUUCACAAACGAAGAGCUCUACCAUUGCGAAAGCUACCCAGUGGCUUGUAAGAUUGUGCUGAUGUUCUCCAACUACUCCAUCCUUGCCAACUACAGCUGGCUGCUGGUGGAAGGUCACUUCCUGUUCACCCUGGUGAGCCGAUCCUUCUUCUCCCUGAAGAAACACCUCGUCGGGUACAUCCUCCUAAGCUGGGGCGUUCCAUUUAUGAUCAUUGUCUGCUGGGGAUGUGCUAAGUACGCUUAUGAAGAUGAAGGAUGUUGGGAAACGAAGAACCUUGAUUGGAUUUGGCUGAUACUGCAAGUGCCAGUUCUUCUUACCAUAUGUGUGAAUCUCAUCUUUUUCUUGGGUAUUUUGAGGAUACUGAUCAGCAAACUCAGAUUGCCAGAUGCACACCGGAGUGAAUUUAGUCAGUAUAUGAAGCUGAUUAAAUCCACGUUUUUCCUGGUGGCUCUGUUUGGUCUGCACUUCAUUCUGUUUGUUUUCUUACCCGUCGAAGUCAGCAGCUCCGUGAUCAAGAUCUGGAUGUUUGCAGAGCUGCUGCUGUCAUCCACGCAGGGUUUUAUGGUGGCUGUUCUCUACUGCUUCAUGACCGGAGAGGUGCAGCAGGAGUUUAAGAGGAGAUGGAAAAGAUGGAAGCUCACUCAGCACCUGCCCAGUCGGCGGCGGCAGCGUCACAGCUCCAUCAGCCAAAUUGGAUCGCCUCACACGCAGGUCUCCCUGCUUCCCUCCUCUCCAGGCAGUCCCACGAGCGCUGGAUUCCCCGCAGAUACUCUGGAGAUGGGAAACUAGCUCUGUGUAAAGGCUUUUCCUGUAAUCUUAGAAAAGAUGAAAAACUAUUCAUAAAUAAACCAAACCUGAUUGGAAGUGAACAUUUGAUGGCUUUUCUAAAGCCUUCCUAUGCUGUAAAAACACUUACCUGACUGGACCGGGGGGGGUCUUAGACCACUUUUACUGUCUACUUUGCAACAGAACUUAAAGCUACAUUUUCAGCUGAAUAAAAUACUAUCUGAAAGGCAUAUAGAUGUAUGAUGAAAACGCAUACUUUGCUUUAAAUUCUGGUAUUUUGACUAUAUUGUACAUAUCUUGGAUUUAAAGAAUUUACUUAAGUUUUUUUUUUUUUUACAAACCUUUUCCAUUUUGGCUUUAUCUUUGUCUGAUAAAUAACGGCAUGGUAAUAUCUGUGCCGUUGUUUUGUACAUAUGAAUAGAUUUAGAUAAUUUUAGAGUCUGAAGAAGGCCAUAUAAUUUAUACAUAAAGUAAUGGUUAAAGAUUUGUAGCAACAUAUUAGGCUGCAAUCAAUUAAAUCAGUCUCAUAAUCUAUUAAAAACUAAUAUACAUAAGUAAGUCUUUACUUUUCCAAUGACUAAUGUCUAUUUGACAAUAAAAGGAGAAAGAGCAGUUUCCUGCAUUCUUCUUGGGAUUUAUUUAAGAUAAAUAAAAGAUAGUUGACAUUUAAAUUAAAGAUACUAGAAGAACCAAGAGGAGAUAGAAAUCAGCGGAUUCAAUAAUCAAAAUGUAUUAAUGAAGUUUUUAUUUCAUACUAGAGAGCUAACAAAACAAAGAUAAAAAAAAUAGUUAAAGAAAUGAGCUGUGUUAAUUCUAACCCACUACAACAGAUUAAAGAAAUAAAGUUAAUAACCCAGGGAGGGAACGCCUAACACACAAACACAGAGCUUUAUGGUCUCAUUUUGAGUUCUAAUAGAUACCUAAAGAACCAGGGUUCCUAACUAGCAUCCAUCUGUUAGCGUUUAGCAUCAGAGCUGCCACAACAAAACAGGAAAGAGCAACUUACGCUGCUUGGUUACUUAUGGAACAAGUGUUUAUGAAAUUCCAGCCUUCAUCUGUCUUGGCUUGGGAAAUAGUCUGGUUUCCUUCCAGUCCCAAAAUAUGGCUAUACAGAUCCUGGCUGAUCGGUCCCUGCUGGCGCUGGCUUUUGGAUUUUUUAGAAGUUCCCACUUUGGAACACUACAGAAUCCCACUGCUAAUGUUAAAACUGAAAGCUCACCCUAAGGUAUGCACUGGGUGAGGCUGAUUGAGCCUUCACAGAGUACAAAGAGAGAUAAAAUAACUAAAUGUUGCGCACAUUCCAAACAUAGCAGAAAAGCAAAUAAAGAUUAUCCUGAAUCAAUCUCAAAAGGGUGAUCAGUGGAGUAUGAUCCAGCUGGGUAAGUGUCGUUCUUGAUAUAUCAUUAAGUUGUGUUUCAGUCGAUGAGUCUCUUAAUUUAGCACCUCAUAGGGAUCUACUUCAGGACAACCAGCUAGUGGCGUUGGGUAACACAAGAGCAGUUAUGUUCUAUAGUUGAUGACAAAUGGAGUCAUUUGUUUUCUACAAAGCACUUUCUUCAGAUUUCAAAGGUUUCCACAAUUCAUCCCUUUAGCAACAAUCAUCUCUUGACAAGAAUCUCACCCUUAAACAUAUAUUUUAACAUCUUGAUUUGUAAAUUUAUCAGACUAUAUGAAUGUUGUUCACGUGUUGCCUUUAAAACAAAAAAACAAAAAGAAAAAAAGGGUAUCACAUUUGUUGGCAGCUUACAUAUAAACAGAAGGAGAAACAGCAGAAAGAAAUUGUUGCAAAAACACGGCUGGUUUUGAGCAAAACAUCUAAAUCAGCAGUUGAAAGGGUGUUUGUUUGGAUUAAAAUAAAAAAUCUGGCAGAGAAAUUAAAAGUUACCUGCAAAAGGAAAUCUACUGUAGGCUAAAGGCUAAAUCGCAUGGCAUAGCACACAAUACAUUCAGCUAACGAGAAAGACACAUUACACGUUUCUAAGGUUGCCCUAAUUUAAAUCUUUAUUUGGUUUCAUGAAUCUUCGUCUUAGAAUUACAAGCCGAUUUCUACCCUGUGUCUACUGUGUAUUUUGUUUUAAAUCAUUUGCAGUUCGGUUUAGACCAUGUUAGACCCAGCUCCUAUGAUAGAAGAACUUUUACCACACAUCUAUUAAAAGAUCAUAAAUUCCCACAGACAAUUUCACGAUAUUAAAAAAAAAAAAAAAAAAACAAGCAAACUUAAGUUUUGCUGAAUUUCUUUAAUGCAAAUAGUCUGCAUCGCAAAACCUGACACAUUUUACCGUCUGUGGAAGAGUCACAGAUUUUCAACAACCGUCAGCCUGUGGAAAAAAGAAAUGGGGUAAAGGCUGCAGAGACCCGACAGGGCCUGGGAGAAGCAUUACCCAAUGUUGGCACAGCUAAGGAAUAAAUUGGACCAUUAUGACUGCUUUUUUUAUCUCAAGAUCCAAAAAAAAAAAAAAAAAA